AUAUAUUUUUCCUGAUUAAAGUUAGCUUCUACAUUUUCAUAAAAUUUUUCAUAAAUUUUUCUUUCUCACUCUGUUUUGUAUUUUCAUUUCCACGCUGAUUCUCCGAAUCUGUUGACGCAGAGACAUCGACAAUUGAAACAUGCCAGCAUUCAGUCACAUCCAGCGGAAAGACAAAAGGAAAUUGCUAGGUCGUUGAAUUGAAACUCGUUGAUUUAGAAAAUGUUACCCCUCGCAUUUCCAUUUGCCAGCUCUUCUCUGUCCACCGAAACGAAAAUAUCUUAACAAUCCCGGCGAGUCGAGGCGACUACCCUCGCCCGGAGAUCUGCAUAUUUCUUUAAUCCCCCUUCCGGAAACGAGAAAACUCCUACGAUAAAGCUGUAGACGUUGCUUCAGGAUUAUGUAAACACCGACUGAACGAAUCAACUGAGAACAGAAUCGUGAUUGUUCGAUAGAACUCGAUACAAUUGAACGAUAAUAAGAAGAAGAAUAGAAAUCUUGAAGAACGCCUGAAAGCAUCUCAACUCACGGAAGGUGAUUGCGAGCACAUGGCCGAUCCUGGUGUCGUUUAAUGCAGCUGCGGUGCAAUUGUGAACCUGCAAACUUCUCAAUCGCGCGAAUGAAAUUUCUUUGACAAGAUCGAUCACCAGAUGCAAUUAAACGAAACUUCUUUCGCUAGCUCGUGGCCUGGAUCUUUUCAUGAAAGAAGUACACGAGAUAAAAACAGACGGAUGUUGGAAAAACGAAGAGGUGAAAAAUAAUAUCUGGAUCGUAGCGUGGAAAUAAAAGCAAAUAAAUUACCUGACGUACACCAGAAACGUAUGAAACAAGAGCGGGUAAAAAUUCAAAGGUUUGUAUAAAUUGAAUCCUUGAAAUUCGGACAAUUAAAAAUAGUUGAAAUUGCUAGGACGACUAAUUUGAGAAUAUGAAAAAAUUGUUCAACUAAUGUACGGAUUGCUCGUCUACAGGGGCUACUCCGUAGCGAAAAAGAGAAAGAAGGACCGAUUGCAGGUAGAAACGGAGCCGUUGAACGGGCUGCAGUAGCUGCAGGGCCGUCACCGCGGCGCCGGGCGUCGUUGUUAGUCGGUUGCGCGCGCGAUUCGGUGUCUGGCGUCUUCGCUCGAUAUUCGCUGCGGCAAAACCAGAUGGUUUCCGUUUCGUAGCGUCGAGGAAGCCCGCGGUUGUGGUGGGAGCAACCUCCGUUUUAUUUCUGUACCGGUGUCUGUCUGCACCGGGGCCAGGAAAGUCGCGAUCUCAGAGUCGCGCGAACGUCGCGUUCUCCACCGCGUUCCUCUCGUUCGCCAUCCGUCCUCGUUAACUAUUUUCUUCUUCCACGAUCCUGAUCCACCCCCGUCAUGGAGGACAGCUACGCGGUGCACAGGCGCCGGAAAGCCGCGGCCCGUAGGCGGGAGAAGACUCCAGACCCAUCGUCGAGGAACCAGCUGGUAGAGACCUCGGACGACGAGGAGGGCUCGAGACGCGCCAGAAUGGAGAAGAUGGCCGACGAGGCUGAACAAAUGGAGCAGCAGGAGAAAGAGAAGAAGUUGAAACCAGAAGUUGAAGCGGAGGAGAAGAAGUCUAACAAGAGGAUGAACGUGGAAGGAAAAGUUUCUCCUUCGAAAGAGGCACGCGAGAACGACGCUGAAGACGAGGCUGCGAGGUCGGCAAAGAAGGAAGCGGCGACGAAAUUAGACGAAGAGACGUCUAAGAAAGAUGAAAAGUAUCAGGACGCCAUACCUAGAUCGAAGGAAGUCGAUGCUGACGACGAACCAUCCUUGGAACCGAGGAAGGAGAGGAGAUUGAAGAAGAAGUCAAGGGAACGAAUAGAAAGGCAAGGUCAGUCGACUGACUCUAGCGAGCUGGACGAGAAGAUGGAGAAAUCAAGGCGAACGAAAUCACCGGAAGGCGGCAAACACCGUGCAAAGAAAUCUGCGAAAAGGAUCACUGGUGAAGAACACGCGAAGAAAGACACCGUCGAGCGACCUCCGCGGGAAAAGAAGGAAAAGAGUAAACGGAAGGCCGAAGAGACGGAGGAUCAGCCCCGAGAAAGAAGACCUUCUACGCGGCACAGUCAAACCGACGACACCGACGAAGACCCGAAGAUGAAAAAGAGCGAGUCUUUUCCUAAGCCCGACGAACCGGUCAUCAGAAGAUCCGCGUCGGAUAUAAAGAAGCAGAUUAUUCCAUUGAGCGACGACACUCUCAUAGAGGAUUUCGCCAAAGCUCAAAGGGAAUACAUGAAAAGAGAACACAGCAUUCUCGAUCCCGAUAACUAUGAAAUUUUCGAGGAUGCUCGAGAGGAAACGACGCUCAGACGAAGAAAAUUCAGCAUUCCCAGUAAAAGCGAGGAGGAAGAGGAGGUGCCCGUAGAGAAGCCGAAAGUAUCUGAAAAGAAAUCCUGGCUCUCCUGGCUACCCUUCUUCCGGAAGAAGAAAGAAGACAAAGAAGUUGAAGAGCAGAAAGUUGAAGAAAAACCGAAGAUUUCAUCGGAGAUGAAAUUCGUGGCGAAGCAAUUCGGUGAACCGGAAAAAGUUACCCUCCUGGACUUUCUGAGAGCCAUGAAGGACGUGGUUUCCGAGUUCAAGGCUUUCGUAGCCCAAAAUCCGAAAGAGGUUCGGGUGGUGAAAGGACUUCGCAAUCGUUGCAUGGCGGAGCUUUUGUUGGUGAUGAUCUAUUGUGGCCUCGGCGCGUUCGUCUUCCGGUUCACCGAGGGGGCAUUCGAGAGUUUCUACAAGUGCGGCGUGAAGAGGGUGAAACGCGAUUUCCUCGACAGCUUGUGGAACUACAGUCACAAUAUGAGGGAGGACGAUUGGAAGAGCAUGGCUCGCCGGAAGUUGAUGGAGUUCGAGGAACAAUUGCACACCGCCCACGAAGCUGGUUUGCACAGCUACAGCGGUCAAAGGAGCUGGAGCUUCCUGAACGCUGUCGUGUAUUGUUUAACCGUGAUCACCACUAUCGGAUACGGUCACAUUUCACCAAGUACCAACACAGGAAGGGCAAUUACGAUAGUUUACGCCAUCUUCGGGAUCCCGAUGUUUCUGAUAAUAUUGGCCGAUUUUGGUAAACUCUUCACACGCGGUAUCAAGUUCCUCUGGGCGUUCGUUCGAAGGCUGUAUUACACCGGAAGUUGCAGAAAAGUUCGUGGAACUGUACCUGUACAAGAGGUAAUGAAAGGGGUUCAAUUAGUAUACGACCUAGCAACGUUCAAGAGACCCUCUCAAAUCAAUCCAGAGGAUAUCGAGGAGAUACAGAAACAAGCUCAGCAAUCUCAGACAGUGCUGAAUUUAGAUGGAAACGUUCCUGAUACACCAGGAACGCCAGCUAUGUCCGCGUUCGCAAUUGACGACGAAUUCAAUCUACCGAUCUCGGUGGCCAUCUUCAUCCUCCUAGGUUACAUAUUCGUAGGCGCCGCCGUGUUCUGUCUGUCGGAGGGAUGGGGAUUCUUCGAGAGCUUCUACUUCGUCUUCAUCUCAAUGAGCACUAUCGGUUUCGGCGAUUACGUGCCAAAGGUGAUGCUAUCAGACUCGUUCAGGCAGGCUAGUCAGAAGAUCGGUGCAACGAUCGGUUUCGCCGUCGCCGAGGAGGAUGGAUCGGUGAAUCCAACAGUGCCUCCACCGGUCGAGAUCGCCGAUAUUCACGCCAGCGUGAAGGAAUCCAACAGCGACGAGAAAAUUGCACCCAAGGCUAAGCAAGAGGACGUCGAUUUGUAGAUGAUCCUCGAUUAUGAAAAUUUAUGAAAAUUUAUGAAAAAAACAAAAGCGUGCAUCAAUGUGGAAGAUCGCGAAUCUACGUUUGAAUUUCGACAAACCUUUUUUUUUUUUUGCAACCGUCUUCUCCAUCCUAUCAAUUGGAUGUAACGCGUUCAAUUGAGAUAUCCAAUUGGUGUGUAAACGGUUCGUCGAGUUUCUAAGCUCCUCAUGGGGACACGUGGGAAUCAUCUGCUAUGAAUUUUUAUGGUCCUCUUCACUGCUGGCUGCACCGUAGUCGCCACAGAUAUCGCACCCGAUGAAUUCCCCCGUGUCUGGUAUGAAACCACCUUUGGAGCAUCACCUGAAACAGAAAUUAUCCUUUGUCAGUGCAAAGCGAUGUUUAAGUCAAUUUAUUGUUAAACCAUAUAAGUGAGACUGCUCGCUGCGUUUCUUUAAUUAAUUGUUAUCAUUUGCGUUUCAUAAAAAGUCUGAGGAUUUAUAAUAUGAAUGUUCGAUCGUUAGUUUUGCUUCGAAUGCUAGAAUAUUAAAACGAUGAAAGCUUUAAAUUUCUUGACGAUCAAUGAUUUCAUUUAAUCAUUCAAAAAGUUUUCAGAUAAAAGUUUAUUAUUUUGUAAAUCGCAUAUGUACAAUCAACUAACACUGACAUAGAGGCUGUUUAAAUGAAAUCUUUCAACGAAUUACGAGAAUUGAAAGAAACUUCUUUAUAUCUGAGGAAUAAGAAAGAAAGUAUCACGAUAUUACAGCUGCUCUCGCCAAACUAUUGGGCCAGAUAAAAAUCUUGCGAUUUAUUUUUCGUAGUAUAAUGUCUAUCGACAAUAAACACGUUGAACUUCGUACUUUGUAUAUUUUAUAGAUUAUCGUGUCGUUAUUUUCUUUUUUUCCUCUUUUUUUUUUUUUUUUUUUCUUAAUAUUAUACAUAUGAAUGUUAUCUAAAAAUGUGUGAUCUUAUUGUUUAAACAAUCCUCCGGUUAUAUUCAAGGAAAACGAAUCAAAAAUUCUGCAUUAACAAACGUUCUUAUAAUUACUGUUUUUCGUUUACGAAUUUUUUUGGCUUUGCAAAAUUGUUUUUACUAUAAGUAUUACGUUUAGAAAGAAACAAUUUUUCAAAUACCUUUGAUAGCUCAAUCGAUAAAACAGUUGUUCAUGAAAAACCGGAGGAUGAAAAUAAAUUUUCGUAACACGAAGAGGAAGGAAACUUGUGCCUUUUUAAGAAUCAACUGUGUUAGCUACUUAUAUUUUAUCAGGUACGAUAAGAAAUUCCUGUAAUGCGAUUAAAUUACAAUUAUAGAAACAGAGCAAAGGAUACAUAUUAUGGCGUAUAAUCGUUGCUAUUUAAGCGGCAGAAAUAUACUUCUUCUUUCUUACGUUAAAAAGAAUUAAAAGAGAUAAAACAAGGUAUGGCAGAUCGCUUAGUAUCCUAUACACUGUCUUUGCAAUUUUAUUACACGUUACAACAUCACAUAGUAACAGUUUACUGUUAAUUAACUUUAUUUACAAAUAAAUGUUUAAGAUAUUA